AUGGAGCCAAUCGAUGAUCUGAUGAGCACAAUUACAGCGGCCUUGCACUCAUUCGACCAGAAGUACCGGACUCUCUUUGUCAAGCUGAAUUCUGCAAUCGAAGUCCAGAAACGUGUAUAUGUGAACCUUGUGCGCACAGGAAGUCUCGAGCACACUCCGCAAUCAUUCUCACUGCAACCCGAAAUCCGCGUUCUUCAAUUAGUGCUACUAAAGCUCAUGGGACAGAUCAUCAUUGGCAAGCACUCAGAACCUUUGGCCAAUCUUACGUUGGUGCUUCCAGAUGCGGAUGCAACCUGCCGCCUGCUUUACGAUGCCCUGGAGGAUCUUGCCACUCAUAUUUUGCAAGCUCGUUCCCAGACGAACUCGAAGUUAUUCAAGGCGUUAGUAUAUUGUCAGCGUACUCCCUCUCGAGAAACGCAGGAAUAUGCCCAGGCGUUCGCACCUCUCCUCGCCCAGACCGCAAAAAUUUUAGAGAUACUCCAAAAGCUCGGGAAAGAGGUUUCAUUCAUCGCAACUAUUGCCCGCAUCCGAAGUCCUGUCUGUGUAAAAUGA